AUGAACCCCCUAGCCCUCCGCUCGGUGUGCGCCCGAGCAAGGCCCGAGGUCCAGCGAACCGGGUACGCACUGAAAAACUACUUUCGCGACUUUUCCACAUCCCAAUCGCUCGCGGCAGACGAAGCCUCCACGCCGACUCCCCCAUCACAGCCGUCGGUCCGCCAACGAACGAGAGACGCCGCCAGCGAAAUCAGUUCCCUCGUGAAAAGGGGUCGCGGAGGAUCAAGGGGUAGCUCCAGAGGCGGCGGCUCCUCUGGCCAGCGGCAGGCUGCACAACCGCCGGCCGGAUCUGGCCCCAAGGUCAUUGACGUCAAGAGCCUGCCCAAGGGCCUGUCGCGAGGACGCGGCGGCUUCCGCGGGAGAGGAGGAGGAGGGCAGGUCGGCGCCGUGCCGUCGCAGGGGCAGCCGCAUCGCGCGCAGCCGCCCGCCGGGAACAGGUUCUCCCGGCCCUCUGGCGGGAGGGGAUCUGCCCUCCGCGGCGGGCGAGGCGGGCGCGGGCGAGGAGCGGCCAGGGGCGCGGCCAGGGGCCGGGACGACGACAAGGACAAGCAGAAGAGGCUCGGCAGGCGCCAGGACCCGUUUGAGGCCAUGGACCCGUACGAGGAGCAGUUCGACAGGGACAUGCGGUUCGGGGCGGCGACGGCGUACGCGCCGCGCCUGACGAUGGGGUCGCUGGCGCCCUUUGCGCCGGCCACGCCCUCGAGCGCCGCGGGGAGGCGGGCCACCGUGCUGGGGAGCCUGAGCGCGCUGGGGACGGCGGACCCCGUGGGCGUGCCGCAGGACCUGCAGGCCCGUAGCUACGCGGAGGACUUGGAGAGCGAGGGGCUGCGGUUCUUUGCCGACGCCAAGGCGAGGGAGGCUGCGGAGCGCUAUCUCCAGGAGAAGAGAGCCGAGGGCGGGGGCGAGGGCGAGGGCGAGAUUAUCCGCGAUGCGGGGGAGAGUGUGCGGAGCGUCGUCUUGGACAAGGCUGUGCGCGGCGAGCAUGAGAAGAUGGUGUUUAGGGAAGGGCCCGUGGGCGUCGCGAGGAACUGGCAUUUGAGGGCCGAGACGUACACGGGCAAGGAUGUGGAGAGCUUUGAGAACAAGUUGAACUCGCUGGUGGGCAAGGGCGCUGGCAAGAAGGGGGAGAAGAAGGCCGCGGCCACGGCAUGA